CGUCUUGCUUCAAAGAAAAACCGUUCUCGCAAACCAAAAAAAAAACACACACACACACACACACUCGCAGACUUCAGUCUUGACUCUACAUGGCCAUGGAAAUUAGCAUCGUAGAUCACGAACUCCCCGAUGAUACCCACAAUUUCUACGACGUCUACUUCUAUUCCGACCGCAUCAACACUCUGGUCACCAAUGACCCAUCCCAGGUCUCCCACUGGCUCGCCGACACUCAAAGGAUCCACCGCCGCCGCUUGAGCAAACUUAUCGUCGGCUUCGACGUCGAAUGGCGUCCCAAUUUCAACAAGUACCAGGAAAACCCAGUUGCUACACUCCAGCUCUGCGUCGGUCGCCGUUGCCUCGUCUUCCAAAUCCUCCACUGCACCAAGGAGUACGACGAUAUCCCCGACGAUCUUCGCUAUUUUCUGGGCAAUACGGACUAUACCUUUGUGGGGAUCGGGGUUGACAGCGACGUUGAGAAGCUUUUGGAGGAUUAUGGGCUGGGAGUCGGCGGGAGCGUUGUGGAUUUGAGGAAUUUGGCUGCUGAAGAGUGUGGGAUGAAACAGCUGCGGAAUGCUGGGAUGAAAGAGUUGGCUAGGGUGGUUCUUGGAAGGGAAAUUGGGAAGCCGAGGAGGGUUACUAUGGGUAGGUGGGAUUAUCGAUGGUUGACUUCUGAUCAAGUUCAGUAUGCUUGUGUUGAUGCUUUUGUUUCAUUUGAGAUUGGUAGGCGUUUGAAUGCUUCUGGAAAUUGAGUACUUACUAGUAAUAAUACUGCUUAGUAGUUGGAUUUGGUUUACGGGGUAAAUGGGGUUGUUUAAUAGUUUAAAAGAAGUUGUUAAACUUGAUUAUGUGUUUUGUUAUGUAAGAUUUUGGCUUAAUUUGGAUGUUUGGUUAGUAGUUAAAAAUGGUUGAGAUUCUGUGGUCAAAUUUUCUUAAAUGGUUUUUGAAGAUUUCAGAGUUGAA